AUGGAUAAAAGACCGGAACAAUCUCGAAAAAAAAGAAUGACCAUGUCACUAAAAACAAAACAAGAAAUAUAUCAACGAAAGAAUGAUGUUCCAUCACUUACUAUUGAUCAACUUUCUGCAGAAUAUAGUUGCGACCGAAGUACAAUUUCAAAAAUCUUGAAAGAAAAAGAAAAAUGGUUGUCAAUGCAACUGACGGAGCCUGAAGAAAAAAAAAUGGUCAAUCGACCAGCAAAGUUUAUCGAUUUAGAAAAUGCCAUGGCUAUUUGGACAAAACGAGAUUGUGUAACUUCUCAAACGAUUAUUAAUUGUUGGAGAAAGACUGAAAUAGUGCUGUCAAACGAGUGGAAUCACUUAAGUUGGAAUACAUUGAACGAUGAAUUCGAAGUUGAAUCUGAAGUUGAAUCUGAAGUUGAAAAUGAAGCCAAAAUUGAAGCCGAAAUUGAAGCCGAAGUUGAAGCCAAAAUUGAAGUUGAAAUUAAAGUUGAAAAUCUUCUUUUCAAAAUCUCAUCCGAUUAUAUGAAUGUAAUGUCUGCUAAUAACUAUAUUCGAAUCGAUGAUACUCUUGAAACCGAAGAAGUUGUUUUAGAUAAGAGUACUAUUAUUGAAGAGGUUCUUUACAAGUCAGAUUUCAGUAGUAGUAAUGAAGAAAGCGAUGUUGAAAUUAAAGAAAUUCCUCAUUCAGUUGUCUUAGAACAAUGUAGCUUGCUAAUACAGUAUCUAGAACAACAAGAACCGGUAAAAUUUGUAAAAGACCAAGAUUUAUCACAAUUGCGAAGUUUGUUAAGACGAAUUCGUCUAAAUGUAUUCCAAUCAAAAGAACAAAGGAAGGAAACUGAUUUUUUUUAA